AUGAUUCACUACGAUCAAAUUGUUGUUGGAGGGGGAUUCGGCGGUAUGACCACUUUGCACAAGCUUCGUGAAAAAGGGUUCAAUGUUCACGGUUUUGAAAGAGGUUCUGAUUUUGGCGGGGUUUGGCACCACAACAGAUAUCCUGGCGCAAGAGUCGACUCUGAAACACCAGUUUACCAACUUUGGUUGAAAGAAGUAUUAUCGGAUUUUAUUUUCACCCAAAGGUUCCCUGACUGGAAAGAGCUUCAGAAAUACUUCAAGUAUGCUGGCGAAAAAUUGAAAUUGUACGACUAUUUCACCAUGAAUACUGAAGUGACUGCUAGUCAUUGGAAUGAUAAAGAAAGUUUGUGGUAUGUUUCUACUCAAUCAAAUCUCAAUGGAGUUGAGCUGAAAUUUACAUGUAAUCACUUAAUUCUCUGUAUUGGUUUUGCAGCUAAGAAGACUUAUCCUGAUCUUGAAGGAAGAGGUACCUUUCAGGGAACUUCUUUCCACACUGCUGAUUGGCCAUGGGAUGGGAUUGAUGUUAAAGGAAAAAAGGUUGCUGUUAUUGGUACUGGAGCUUCAGGGGUACAAGUUAUUCAAUCCAUCUCUAAAGAGGUUGGAGAAUUAGUUGUUUUCCAGAGAACUCCAAACUUGGUUUUACCAAUGCAAUCUCAAGAAGCUGAUAUAUCUAGACAAAAGGAAAGAAAGGAGGCAUAUCAUCAAAUAUUCAAUGAUCUGAUCCCAUCCUCUUUUUCAGGAUUUGAAUUUGAACCGGACACAAGAUCGGGGAAGGAUUGUACUCCAGAAGAGAUCAAGGAGAAGUUUGAUGACUGCUGGAAGAACGGUGGCUUUAGAUUUUGGUUAGGAAACUUUCAAGAUAUUAUGGUUGAUAAGUCUACUAAUAGAGCAGCUUGGGACUACUGGAAGGAGAAAUCUUCAGUUAGGGUUAAAGACCCUAGAAAAAGGAAGAUUUUGGUCCCUGAUGAACCACCACACUACAUUUUCACUAAGCGUCCUUGCCUCGAAACCACCUAUUUUGAAAGUUAUAAUAGGGAAAAUGUUGACAUUGUGGAUAUCAACACAAAUCCAAUUACUGAAGUAACUGAAAAUGGUCUCAUAACUAAGGAUGGAUCAUGUUAUGAAUUUGACAUUAUUAUAUAUGCAACGGGGUUUGACGCCAUCACUGGGGGGUUCUAUCAGAUGGACUUGAAGGGAAAAAAUGGUAUCACCAUUUCGGAAGCUUGGGAAAAUGGAACAUAUACCUACUUAGGAAUGAGUAUCAGUCAGUUUCCCAACCUAUACUUCCUCUAUGGUCCUCAGGGGCCAACUGCAUUCUGUAAUGGACCCACUUGUGCCUUGAUACAAGGAGUCUGGAUAUCAGAGUUGAUUGAUUUCACCACUAAACAUGGUUUCAAAUACAACACCCCAACCAUCGAAGCUCAGAAUAGCUGGAGGAAGUAUAUCCAAGAUAAUGCUAACCAAACUCUUUUGCCAUACACAAGAAGCUGGUAUAUGGGAGCAAACAGGGAUGGCAACAAACCAAGAGAAUGCUUAUUGUAUGUCCGUGGAGUUGGAAACUACUUCAAGGAUAUUAAUAAAGAAUCCAAUAUGGGUUAUCCAAACUUCGUUUUUGUAAGGUGA